AUGGCUCCCUCAGUACUCGUCGAUCAGAACAACUUGGUGGCAGCACCAACAAAGUCACAAGUGAGCGAUCGCGUCGCCAUCAAGGCCUCACACCCAAAUCCCUCACUGCAAGUAACAGCCGAUCACAAGCUGAAAGCAGUCGAAGCACCCAUCUACGCCCCCAGGGCAGGCGAGGCCCUAGUUCACAUCAAAGCGACCGGAAUUUGCGGUUCAGAUAUUCAUUUCUGGAAGACUGGGCGUAUUGGCUCGUUAGUGUUCGAAGGCGACUGCAUCAUUGGCCAUGAAGCCUCAGGAAUUGUACUGCAAUGCGGCGAGGGCGUCACCCACUUAAAGCCUGGCGACAGAGUGGCUGUCGAACCUGGCGUUCCAUGUGAACACUGCUUCCUCUGCGACGACGGACGGUACAACCUGUGCGAAGACGUCCAGUUUGCCGGCGUUUACCCAUACGAAGGCACGAUGCAGCGGUAUAAGAACCACCCAGCGAAAUGGCUGCAUAAGCUACCCGACAACGUGACUUUCGCCGAAGGCGCUCUCCUCGAGCCCUUGUCUGUCGUCAUGAACGGAAUCACAUCAGCCGGUCUGUCACUUGGUCGGGGCGUGGUGGUCUGCGGAGCUGGUCCUAUCGGGUUAAUUGCGUUGGUUGCUGCGCGCGCCUCGGGAGCUCAUCCCAUUGUUGUCACCGACCUCGAACCUGCUCGGUUGGCUUUUGCUAAGGAGUUUGUUCCUUCUUGUAUUACUUACCAGGUUGAUCGCACGAAAGAUGCGCAGGGAAAUGCGCAGGCUAUUCGCGCGCUCUUUGGGUCUCGGGAGUAUGUUGCGCCGGAGACUGUGCUUGAAUGUACGGGUGUCGAGAGCAGUGUGUGUACUGCUGCGUAUACUGCACGCCGAGGAGGGACUGUUAUGGUUAUAGGUGUGGGCAAGGCUAUUAUGAAUAACCUGCCAUUUAUGCAUUUGUCCCUUGCCGAGAUUGAUCUUCGCUUCAUUAACCGCUACCGUGAUACAUGGCCUCCGGCCAUUGCCUGUCUGAGUGGUGGUAUUUUGGACUUGAAGAUGCUUGUCUCCCAUGUCUUCCCUCUUGAAAAGGCGCAGGAUGCUUUGCAUCUUUGCGCUGAUACUAGCAACGGUAGUAUCAAGGUUUUGAUUGUGGACGAGGAGGAGGCCUCGCUAUAG